AUGACCAGAUCGUUCAAGGGCAACAACGUCACUGCAGGCGCCCAGGCGACAACGGGCAUCCGUGCACCUGGUGCAGCGUACGCCAGUUCAACCCUAGUGACGACCGCCGAGGGCAAGGUUGUCGAGAUUGGCAGCGUCCGUCGCGGCGACCGGUUGUUGGGCCCUGAUGGCAGCUCGUGCGAGGUGCUAGAUGUGACGUCUGGCACCGGUUCACCUACAACAACACUUUCCAUGGUGCGCGUGCCGUACAGCCAUACGGCUGCGAUGCUGGUGAAGCACAGUGGUGUGGACGAGCAAAUCAUCACGGAACGAUUGAACUCGCUGCUGGGCGGCGGCGAGUUCCCAACUGAACCACUGUCCCAGCCGGAGGCAGGCGAUGUGCCAGAGGACAGGGCCGUCCACGACGUGCAGUCUUUCGUCGACGCCAUUAAACAUGGAGUCGCCUGGAUGCUCGAGCUCAAUGGUGUCAUGAACGUGUGCGUUGGCCCCAAAGCCUACUCGGUGAAAAUUCGGGUCUUCAACGACGAUUUGUCAAGAAGCACUCGCUUGGUCUACUUCAGUUUCGACCAGACGUUCACGGGUCAAUCGGCGGGAGGGCACAAAACGACUUGGUAUGCAAGCAAAGAGGCGGCCUAUGACGCUGCCGUUACAUUUGCGCGCGCACAUCAAGACAGUGGAAUCACCCUCGGUAACCUCACGACACGCUGGCAAAUUGAGAGAUCGGAUAUGGACAAGCCCAUGCGCUACAGCAGGGUCGAUGCCGCUAUUCCAGGCAUGAACCUCAUGCAGUGUGGACAAUCCGACCCCUACCUGUUUGUCCAGGCGUACAAGAGGUACAAUUUCGUAGGCCCGGUGACACUUGACUACCUGGAACUCGCGGCAUACUUGGCCAUGCCGCCCAACGAGCAGAAGCUCUGGCGCGUCGCUCGCGCCGGCGCGAUGGACUUUCCGGACAAGGACGACCCCCCUACACCCCCAGUUCUUUGGCCUGUGGCUGGGCGAUGGUUCACGCAAGUCAACAGCCAUCUGAAACUUCGAUGA